ACAGAACGAAACGACCUAACUCUAGUAUCCAGCCGCGAAUAUGAUGAAUGCUAGCAGUUCAUCAAGCGCUGCGCUCAGCAGUAUUAGCGAAAAUGCUUCAGUGGAAUUGAAUGUCAACUCUGAAGAACAUAGACGCAUUUGGGUCGGAAAUUUGGACGCGCGUAUUACCGAGUUUCAACUUCUCAAACUUAUGCAAAAAUGCGGCGCUAUUGAAAAGUUUGACAUGCUGUUUCACAAGGGCGGACCGAUGGUCGGCCAGUCACGAGGAUACGCUUUUGUCACAUUCGCACAGAACAAGGGCGCCACAAACGCACUCACAAGGCUGGACGGAACUAAUGUGGGCAGUCGGUCGAUAGUUGUGCGUCUUGCCAAAAACAUCAAAUACGAUGAUUUGCAACGGCCAAAGCCUCGAAUUGAGAUACCCGCACUAGGAAGCGGCAGACGUGAAGAAAAGAUCAGUAAAAGUGAAGCGAUUCGGGCCAUCGAAGCUAAACUCAAGAUUUUGGAGCGACAGACUGAUGAUAAUCUGGAACUAAAUACUACUGGACGCGAGUCUAACGUACCUUUUAUACAACGCUAUCAAUUUAACAAGGAUCGCGAUGCCCUACAACGCUCCGGGGCGCAUGGAAAAUAUAGUAAAUCGAAAUCAUCUGCGCCAUAUCAUCGACCAAAUUCUAAACGACGCUGAUUGAAAUCACAGUGCAUUUUUAAGUUUUUUUUUUUUUAAUAUAUUUAGGUAUAAUGGACUCAUUCGUAAUAAAUGUAACAAGCACUCUA